CGUUGGGGAAAGAGUUCAGUCAGACUGGAAAAGUUUAUUAACGAAUAAAUUAAAAAUAAGUAAAUUAUAUUCAAUAUACAACAGUGUGACAGUUCUGUACUUUUAAACAUGGACACAAGCCCAGCACACCACAACCAUCCUCACAGAUCAGGUGUGUUUCUACCGCAACCUCCUGAUACCACUAAACCUGAGGAGCACAGAUCACUGCAGCAGCGCCUUAGGAGCAAACUACCUCCCAUAAGAAAAUAUCCCAUCAUAGAGGAGAGGGGCUUCUACUCUGAGCUCAUCACCUCCACAGCCAAACCAGACAUACAGUCUUUUACACAGGGUCCAGUGACCCAGCAGAGCUUGAUGUGCCAGGCUGGUUAUGACUCAAACACCCCUAAUGCAAACACUUUUCAGACUCCUCCGGACCUGCUCAGUAUCAUUGAGAGUGACCGACAUGGACCGACCACCCAAAUCCUGCAGGAGACAGACUUCGCUUCGAGCGGCUACUUGGCUAAAGUACAAAUGCCUUAUGACUGUUUAUCUGGCCAGCUGCCCCGUGCCGUUGAGAUUGAGAGAAGAAAGAGGAAGUAUCAGAAAUCAGAUGUCGCUCAGCUUCUGGCUGAGCUCGGCAUAGACUCCAGCAUGCUGGUUUCUCAAAAUCUGAGCAGCACGGAUCACACAGAGCUCGAAGCACCUGUUUCCACGAGCCCCAGUUCAUCUGCAUCAAAAAGUCCCGGGGUACAUAAGACCCUGUGCCCACCAGUUGCUAACUACCUGCCCCUUGAGAUAUUUGACAAUGAGGAGUUCGAUUGCCGGACACCAGAGGACUGGCUUGCUUUGUGUUCACCUGAGCACAAACCUUUCCCUGCCAAGGCUCUGCUGCCAAUUAACACCACCAAUUCACCUGAUGAGCAGAGCUGCUUAACUUUGGAGUAUGCCUGGCAGUCUGUAGGGGUUCUAGACUACGGCCAAGAAAAAAGGCAGUACAUGGUGCAAAAGGCAGACACAGAUGGAAGAGUGAGAGACAGCAGGGGAAAGCCUGUUACGAUUGGAGCCGAUACAAUUAAAGGACCACUGCAGCCAGAUCAGUACUGGGUUCCGCGAAUCAGGCUACUGUUCUGUGCUGAGGACCCACAUCUUUUUGUGCAGAGGGUCCAGUUUGCCCUCAGUGCAAGGCGAGACACGGAAGCACUGCUACUGUACCACCUCUGUAUUGACUGCAUGCCAGCAUGGAGCGGGACACCCACACUGCAGCCCACCUGCCUCCAGCGCAUCAAAACCCAUGCUUUAACCACGUCAGGCCUGCAGCUCUCACUUUUGCAGGAGUGUGUGGAACAUCUAGAAAGGGAGAUACACCUGGAAUAUGGUCGCUCUAUGAACCAGGUGAGCUUUGAUAAGAUUGUACAGACCAGCCCAGAAGAAUUCUUUUACAUCAGGCUGCCAAAGCAAGAACCCUUGCGAGUCCCUAAUAAAGGCUUGGUGGCUGUGCCGCAAUACCCAUUUAAGAAGACCCGGGCAUCAUUCGUCUUUCGCUCUCUGCUCACCAAACCGGAGGUCAUCUCUGCUCUGUCCAAGGUGAAAGCCGAGUGCAACAAAGUGGCAACUAUGAGCCUUUUCCACAUCCAUUUUACCAAGCCUCUACGGCUACAGGAGUUUGAGUUGGCUCAAUCAAAGAUGCACACCCAGGUGCAGCUGUUCCUGCGUGAUUCCUGGGUCACCACUCUGUGUAAGGGCAUUCGUUUUAGCCUGCGUGAUGCUCAGCAUGGCUGGUACAAUCUGACUGAGUCUAGAUGGGAUGUCUACCGCAUGUCCAAGUUGUACCGAUUAAUGGAGCUAGUAAGAUACAGCCUGCAGGACUCUCUGCGUUUCCUGGUGCAGGACUCGCUGGCCAGUGUGGCUCAACUGAUCCUGGAUGCCUGCCAGAGUGUUUUGAAAUGCCCACCGAACCUCGGUUGGGGCUCGGAUCUUAUCAACAGCCCUUACAGACCAAAGAGGAACCCACUGUUUCUGGUAGACUUGGUGUUGGAUCAGACUGGGGUUCAUUACAGCACCCCACUAGAAAACUUUGAGAUGUCCAUCAUCAACCUGAUUAAUGAAGGAAUUCUGGCCACUCACAAUGUCCCUCAACUGGACAAGUUUGUGAUGGAGAACUUGUUCAUUAGUGGAGUUCCACUGUUAGAGUCAGUGGGUCUGUGGGAGCCAGAGGUGAAGGAUCUGAGAGAGAGAGUGAGCAGUGCCCUACGUCAGGCUACUAUUCCUCUCCAAGCCUAUGCUCAGGAAUACAAGUGCCACCUGGAACUUCACAACUCUGACAUCAAUACUUUUCUAAAGCUCCACAGCCAGGAGAACACCACUCCUCUGGAGGUAAAACAAGAGGUAGAGAGGCACCUGAAAGAAAAGCAUAUUUUGGAGCAGUCCCUUCCCUCCUCUAUUGUUAUUGGGCCCUUUAUGGUAAAUGUAGAGACCGUGCGGCAGAGCCUGUUGAAGAAACGUCGCGACCUGGCCAAGACGGUGCUCGACCGCCUCGCUCUCAAGCUCCGCAAGCAAAUGGAGGAGGCAUCUGAGGACUGCAAGGCGAUUAGUAAGAAGCUCUUUGAGAAACCCAACAGCAUUGAGGACCUGACAGAGCAGAGGGACUGGAUGAAGCAGAUUCCAGAUCAGCUGAAGGCUCAUGAAGAGGUCUUGUAUAAAGCCAUGUCUGACUAUGAGCUAACAGACGAGUUCUUCUACAGUCUCUCUAAUGAAGAUUUUAAUGUAAAGUGGACAGCAGUGGCCUGGCCCCAUAAGAUCCUUUCUCAGAUUGAAAGCAUGAAAACACAACACGAGGAGGACGAGGAACGCUUCCGUAAGAUCCAGCUUGUCGACCAGAGCAAUUUCCAGGAGCGUCUGGAUUCCAUACAGAUGGCAGUUGCAGGCUUUGCUGCCUACACAGACGUUAGUCGGGCACAUGAGGUGGCGAAUGAAGUGCGUCGUGUGGGAAAGAACCUGAAGGAGUGUCAGGGCAUAGCGCAGAUUUACAACAAUCGCGAACGCCUCCUUGGCAGUCCUAUUACAAAUUAUGACAGGCUGCAGAAACUCACUCGAGACUUCCAGCCUUUCCGGGACCUUUGGUCAACCACUUCUGAUUGGCUAAGGUGGCACGAAAGCUGGAUGAAUGACCCAUUGUCUAAUAUUGACCCUGAACAGCUGGAGCACAGUGUUAACGAUGCCUUUAAGACCAUGCACAAAUGUGUCAAACUGUUUAAAGAAAUUCCAGCUUGUCUGAAUGUGGCGUCUUACGUCCGAGGCAUCAUUGAAGAGUUCAGGCCAAAUAUCCCGUUGAUCCAGGGUUUAAGGAACCCGGGCAUGCGCAGCCGUCACUGGGCCCUGCUAUCCGAGCGCAUCAGCAUGAGCGUGAAGCCCAAAGCCAACCUAACGUUUUCCCGCUGCCUGGAACUUGGCCUGCAGCAGCAUGUGGAUGAGAUCGCGCGCGUCGCAGAGGUGGCUGGGAAAGAGUACGCCAUUGAACAGGCUCUGGAUAAGAUGAACACCGAGUGGUCAUCGGUCAUGUUCGAAGUUUUGCCGUAUAAGGAGACGGGCACCUAUAUUCUGAAGAGUCCUGAUGAGGCAUCCCAGCUGCUGGAUGACCACAUAGUGAUGACCCAAAGCAUGUCCUUCUCUCCGUACAAGAAGCCCUUUGAGGAGAGGAUCAGCACCUGGGAGAGCAAGCUGAGGAUGACUCAGGACGUGCUCGAGGAGUGGCUGACAUGUCAACGAUCCUGGCUGUACUUGGAGCCCAUCUUCAGCUCGGACGACAUCAACCAGCAGCUGCCUGUUGAGGGGAAGAGGUACCAGACUAUGGAGCGCACCUGGAGGAAGGUGAUGAAGAAUGCAGACGACAACAGAAAGGUUAUCGAUCUGUGUCCGGAUCAGCGUCUGCUGGACAGCCUGAAAGACUGUAACAAGCUGCUGGAGCAGGUGCAGAAAGGUCUGAGUGAAUAUCUGGAGACCAAACGUGGAUCUUUUCCUAGAUUGUACUUCCUUUCCGAUGACGAGCUGUUAGAGAUUCUGUCUCAGACCAAAGACCCGACGGCGGUGCAACCCCAUCUGCGUAAAUGCUUUGAGAACAUUGCCCGGCUGCGGUUUCAACCAGAUUUGCAGAUCACACACAUGUACUCCGGAGAGGGCGAAGAAGUCGAGCUUACCCUCCCUGUGUGGCCUUCUGGAAAUGUCGAAGACUGGCUGCGGGAUGUAGAGAAGUCCAUGAAGCUUAGUCUGCGAGACAACAUUGAACGAUCCCUUAAGGCCUAUCCAGAGGAACCUCGCACUAAGUGGGUCCUAUCCUGGCCAGGGCAAGUAGUGAUUGCAGGAUGUCAGACGUUUUGGACUUCAGAAGUCUCUGAAUCUCUGGAAAAGGGAGACCUGGCCGAGCGUCUGUACCCACAGCUCCAGACGCAGCUGAAUGAUCUGGUGCAGCUGGUGCGGGGUCGACUCUCUAAGAUGCAGAGGGCUGUUCUUUCCGCUCUGAUAGUGAUUGAGGUGCACGCUAAAGACGUGGCUGCCAAGUUAGUGGAGGAAUCUGUUUCCAGCAUCAAUGACUUUGAGUGGAUCAGCCAGCUCAGAUAUUAUUGGACAAGUGGUGAUCUUUAUGUCAGGGCAGUGAAUGCAGAAUUCCUUUAUGGCUAUGAAUAUCUUGGUAACUCCGGACGUCUUGUCAUAACACCACUGACUGACAGAUGCUAUCUAACCCUGACUGGUGCUCUGCACUUGAAGUUCGGAGGUGCCCCAGCAGGUCCGGCAGGCACAGGAAAAACAGAGACCACUAAAGACCUUGGAAAAGCUCUGGCCAUCCAGACCGUUGUCUUUAACUGCUCCGACCAGCUCGACUUCCUUGCCAUGGGCAAGUUCCUUAAGGGUCUGGCCAGUUCAGGAGCCUGGGCAUGCUUUGAUGAAUUCAACCGCAUUGACGUGGAGGUGCUCUCUGUAGUGGCGCAACAGAUCACCACCAUCCAAAAGGCGCAGCAGCAGAGAGCAGACAGGUUUGUGUUUGAAGGAGCCGAGAUCUCGCUAGUUCCCUCCUGUGCUGUGUUUAUCACCAUGAAUCCAGGUUACGCUGGCCGAACUGAGCUGCCCGACAAUUUAAAGGCUCUCUUUCGUCCUGUUGCAAUGAUGGUUCCAGACUACGCCAUGAUUGCCGAAAUCUCCCUGUACUCGUUCGGCUUCAGCGAUGCCAAAGUGCUGUCCAAAAAAAUCACCAGCACCUUUAAACUGUCCUCUGAACAGCUCAGCUCCCAGGACCACUAUGACUUUGGUAUGAGAGCUGUGAAGACUGUGAUCUCUGCAGCAGGAAACCUAAAAAGAGAAAACCCUGAUAUGAAUGAGGAGCUGAUCUGUCUGCGCGCCAUCAAAGAUGUCAACGUGCCCAAGUUCCUGCAGGAUGACCUCAAACUCUUUAACGGCAUCGUGUCCGACCUCUUCCCCAAGAUUUCCGAGGAGCCCAUCGACUACGGCGCCCUGGAGCAGUCGAUCCGUAACGUCUGCAAGAAGAAGUGUUUAAAAGACGUGGAUGACUUCAUUACAAAGAUCAUUCAGCUCUAUGAGACUACUGUAGUAAGACAUGGACUCAUGCUGGUGGGGCCAGCUGGCUCAGGCAAAACUAAGUGUUAUGAGGUGCUGGCAGCGGCAAUGACAGCUUUGAAAGGUGAGCCCUCAGUCAGUGGCGGAGUGUACCAGGCUGUUCAGACCUACGUCCUUAACCCCAAGUCCAUCACCAUGGGGCAGCUGUAUGGAGAGUUUGACCCGCUCACUCACGAGUGGACGGAUGGUAUUCUGUCAUCCCUGAUCCGUGCCGGAGCUACUGCAAUGGAUGAAGAAAAGAAAUGGUACAUGUUUGAUGGACCAGUGGAUGCUGUGUGGAUCGAGAACAUGAACACAGUGCUGGAUGACAACAAGAAAUUGUGCUUGAGCUCAGGCGAGAUCAUUAAACUUACCGACGUGAUGACUCUGAUGUUUGAGGUGCAGGACCUAGCUGUGGCAUCCCCCGCCACGGUGUCUCGCUGUGGGAUGGUGUAUUUGGAGCCCAGUAUUCUCGGACUCUCUCCGUUCAUUGAAUGCUGGUUAGGUGCCAUCCCCACAUUCUUACAGCCAUACGCCCAGCAGCUCAGCUCUCUCUUCACACAAUUCCUGCAGGACUCAAUUAAAUUCGUGCGGACAUCAGUGACAGAAGUGAUUACCUCCAUGGACAGCAACCUAACCUGCUCUCUGCUCAAACUGCUGGACUGUUUCUUUCAUCCCUUUGUGCCUUGUGAGGGGCAGAGGCCUGUUCCUGAGAGCAAGCUGAACCGUGUGUGUGAGCUGAUUGAGCCGUGGUUUAUCUUCUCUCUUGUAUGGAGCGUCGGAGCCACCGGAGACGGUGCCAGCCGAGAGCGCUUCAGCACCUGGCUAAGGGCCAAGAUGGAGCAGGAGAAGAUCAAGUUGUGUUUUCCAGAAGAGGGACUGGUAUAUGACUAUAGGCUGGAUGAUGCAGGUAUCAGUAACUUGAAUGAGGAUGAAGAGGAUGCGAAAGCUAGCGAGGUGCAAUGGGUUAACUGGAUGAAGCUUGCAGAGAAGGUUGUGAUCACCCCAGAAACCAGCUACUCUGACAUCAUUGUUCCCACUGCUGACACUGUGCGCAUGUCCUUCUUAUUGGACAUGCUGCUCUCCAAUAAGAAGCCGGUCUUGUGUGUCGGCCCAACAGGCACGGGCAAGACCCUGACUCUGUCUGAUAAGCUGCUGAAGAACAUGCCACCUGAAUAUAUCAGCCACUUCCUCAUGUUCUCUGCUCGCACCUCUGCCAACCAGACUCAGGACUACGUCGACAGCAAGCUGGACAAGAGGCGAAAGGGUGUUUUUGGCCCUCCACUGGGAAAGUAUUUUAUCUUUUUUAUCGAUGACUUGAACAUGCCCAUGCUGGAGACGUACGGCGCUCAGCCGCCCAUUGAACUCCUGCGCCAGUGGAUGGAUCAUGGGGGCUGGUACGAUCGCAAGUUAAUAGGAACAUUUAAGCAGUUAAUGGACAUCAAUUUUGCUUGUGCCAUGGGUCCUCCGGGUGGUGGCAGGAACCCCAUUACCCCACGCUUUACACGCCACUUUAACCUGCUGUCCUUCACCGAGAUGGAGGAUACCAGCAAAACAACGAUCUUCUCCACCAUCCUGGGCUACUGGAUGGAAAAGGUUCCUGAGCUGAUUCCACUAAAGGAGCUACUGGUGAAUGCCACCAUUAAGGUGUACUCCACUAUUACAACUGGCCUUCUGCCCACUCCUGCCAAAUCCCACUACACAUUCAACCUGCGUGAUCUCUCCAAAGUGUUUCAGGGCGUUCUGAUGGCUGAUGCGUCAAAGAUACAGAACAACAUUCAGCUUCUGCAGUUGUGGUACCACGAGAGCUGCCGCGUGUUCCAGGAUCGGCUGGUGAGUGUAGAGGACAGGGACUGGUUCGAUCAGCUCCUGCAGGAACACAUUGAGGAGUUUGGUUGCAGCUUCCAGGAGGUGGUGCCCUGCCAGCCGGUUCUCUUUGGAGACUUUAUGAUCCCUGGCACUGACAGCAAAGUCUACCAGCUCAUUCAAGACAAAGAGAAGCUGGCUCGGAUAAUGGAGGAUUACAUGGACGACUACAAUCAGAUCUGCACUGCUAAGAUGAAGCUGGUGCUGUUCAUGGAUGCCAUCCAGCACGUGUGCCGUAUCGCACGCAUUCUUCGUCAGCCACUGGGCAAUGCCCUGCUUCUGGGAGUGGGUGGCAGUGGGCGCCAGUCCCUCACCAAACUAGCCACGCACAUAUGUGACUAUGAGUGCUUUCAGAUUGAGCUGUCGAAGAACUAUGGUGUGCCGGAAUGGAAGGAAGAUAUAAAGAGCAUCAUGAUGAAGGCCGGUCUGCAAAACCUUCAGAUUACCUUCCUGUUUGUUGACACACAGAUUAAGAGCGAGUCGUUCCUAGAGGACGUUAACAACAUCCUGAAUUCGGGCGACGUGCCGAACCUGUAUGGGGGAGACGAGCAGGAGAGAAUUAUGACCGCAAUGAAACCUGUGGUGCAGGAUCUUGGACAGCAACCCACCAAGGCUAAUCUGAUGGCUGCCUAUGUCAAGAGAGUCCGUACCAACAUCCACACUGUGCUCUGCAUGAGUCCAAUAGGUGAAGUGUUCCGUGCUCGACUCAGGCAGUUUCCAUCUCUGGUAACCUGCUGUACUAUUGACUGGUUCAGUGCUUGGCCGGAAGAGGCUCUGCAGUCAGUGGCAGCAUCUUUCCUCAGUGAGCUCCCUGAGCUUGAGGCCAGCCCCGCCGCCCUUAAAGGCAUGACUUUAAUGUGUGUGGAGAUCCACCAGAUGGUGGCUCUUAAGUGCAAGCAGUACCUGGCCGCACUGUCUCGCCACAACUAUGUUACACCUAAGAGCUAUCUGGAGCUGCUCAGUAUUUUCUCUGCCCUGAUUGGCAGAAAAAAGCAGGAACUACAUGGGGCUCGUCAGCGCAUGAAGACAGGUCUGGACAAGCUUUUAAGGACCGCUGACGAUGUCAGUAAGAUGCAGGAGGAGUUAGAGACGAUGAGACCUCUCCUGGAAGAAGCAGCCCGUGACACUGUUGUCACCAUGGAAAAGAUCAAGGAGGACACUGUGAUUGCAGAAGAGACUCGUGUGGCAGUGCAGGCAGAAGAGGCCAAAGCAUCUGAGAAGGCCAGGGUUGCAGAGGCGAUUGCUACAGAUGCCCAGAAAGAUCUAGAUGAAGCUUUGCCUGCACUGGAUGCUGCACUAACCAGCCUUAAAUCCCUCAACAAGAAUGAUGUCACUGAGGUGAGGGCAAUGCAAAGGCCACCUCAGGGAGUGAAGCUGGUCAUUGAGGCAGUCUGCAUUUUGAAGGGGAUUAAACCCAAGAAGGUUGCUGGGGAAAAACCUGGGAGCAAGGUGGACGAUUACUGGGAGCCUGGCAAAGGCCUGUUGCAGGAUCCUGGAAAGUUUCUGGAGAGUCUGUUCAAAUUUGACAAGGACAAUAUACCAGAUUCGGUAAUAAAACUGGUGCAGCCUUACAUAGACAACGAGGAAUUCCAGCCAGCCUCCAUAGCCAAAGUGUCCAAAGCCUGCACAUCUCUCUGCCAGUGGGUGCGCGCUAUGCACGUGUACCACUUUGUGUCCAAAGCAGUGGAGCCCAAAAGGCAAGCCCUUAACGAGGCCCGGGAAGACCUGGAAGUAACCCAGCAUAUUCUGAAGGAGGCCAAAGAGAAGCUGGACGCGGUGGAAGAGGGCAUUGCUGCUCUACAGGCCAAAUACCACGAGUGUCUGGCCAAACGCGAUGAGCUUGACAGCAAGUGCCAGCUGUGUGAAAAGAGACUGAUUCGUGCAGAUAAGCUGAUUGGAGGACUUGCUGAUGAGAAGGUGCGCUGGAGUGAGACAGUGCAGCAUUUAGAUUAUUUGGUGGAUAAUGUCUCUGGAGAUGUGCUACUGGCUGCAGGAUACGUAGCCUACCUCGGACCUUUCACUGGAGAGUAUCGGACGUCAAUGGUUGAGGAAUGGCUGCAUGGGUUUGAGGAGCAGCGGGUACCUCACACAGCCGAGCCCAACCUCAUCAACACACUUGGAGACAAAGUCAAGAUCCGCUCCUGGCAGAUUGCAGGUCUGCCUAAGGACAACCUGUCUGUUGAAAAUGGAGUGAUCAGUCAGUUCUCUCAGCGCUGGUCUCUGUUUAUCGACCCUCAGGGACAGGCCAACAAGUGGAUCAAGAACAUGGAGCGUGAUAACAGUCUGGAUGUGAUAAAGCUGAGCGACCGGGACUUUCUGCGCAGUCUCGAGAACGCCAUACGAUUUGGGAAGCCCUGUCUACUGGAGAACGUGGGAGAAGAGUUGGACCCGGCACUCGACCCUGUUCUGCUUCGACAGACGUUUAAGCAGCAGGGCAGUACGGUACUAAAGCUGGGUGACACUGUUAUUCCGUAUCACGAUGACUUCAAGAUGUACAUCACCACCAAGCUGCCCAACCCACACUACUCUCCUGAGAUCUCCACCAAAGUCACCCUAAUCAACUUCACCCUCUCACCCAGCGGUUUGCAGGACCAGCUGCUGGGCCGAGUAGUGGCUGAGGAGAGGCCUGACCUCGAGGAGGCGAAGAACCAGCUUAUUGUGAGCAAUGCACACAUGAAGCAGGAGCUAAAGGAGAUCGAGGACCAGAUCCUGCUUCGCCUUAGCUCCUCAGAGGGAAACCCUGUCGAUGACGAGGAGCUCAUCCGAGUGCUUGGAGCAUCCAAGGUCAAAGCUGGAGAGAUCCAGGCUAAAGUGAUGGUGGCAGAGGAAACGGAGCGAGACAUUGAUACCACACGUUUGCAGUACGUCCCUGUGGCUGUCCGCACACAGAUCCUUUUCUUCUGUGUCUCCGACCUCUCCAACGUGGACCCGAUGUACCAGUAUUCGCUGGAGUGGUUCCUGGGCAUCUUCAUGGCUGGCAUAGCUAACUCAGAACGUGCAGACACUCUGGAGCAGCGCAUCAUAAACAUUAAUGAGUACUUUACUUAUAGCCUGUACAGCAACGUGUGCCGCAGCCUUUUCGAGAAACACAAGCUCAUGUUUGCCUUUCUGCUGUGCGCUCGCAUCAUGAUGAACGAAAAUAAGAUUGACAUGGCUGAGUGGCAGUACUUGCUGUCAGGGGGCACGAAUCAGCGGCAGCUGCCUAACCCAUCACCGCGCUGGUUAUCAGAGCGUGCAUGGCAGGACAUCGUCACGCUCAGCAAUCUGCCGAACUUUACAGACCUGGCACACACCUUCUCCCUACACGAACAUGAAUACGAGAGGAUUUUUGACAGCAACCAGCCACACCGAGAGCCUCUGCCAGGUGAGUGGGACCAAAAACUGGACCGUUUUCAGAGGCUGUUAGUGCUGCGCUGUCUGCGUGUAGACUGCCUCACACUCUGCCUUCAGGACUUUGUGUCAGCAGAAAUGGGCCAGCGCUUUAUUGAACCGCAGACGUCGGACCUGUCUGUGGUCUUUAAGGAGUCGUCUCCCAGCACUCCGCUCAUCUUUGUGCUCUCUCCCGGGACCGACCCUGCCUCUGACCUUUACAAGUUCGCCGACACCAUGAAGUUUUCCAAAAAACUCAAUGCCAUCUCGCUCGGCCAGGGCCAGGGUCCCUGUGCUGAGGCACUGAUGCACAGUGCAAUAGAGAGAGGGAAAUGGGUGUUUUUCCAGAACUGCCACCUGGCACCCAGCUGGAUGCCCGCACUGGAGAGACUCAUCGAGAACAUCGAUCCUGACAAGGUCCAUCGGGAUUUCCGUCUGUGGCUCACUAGUUUACCCAGCAACAGGUUCCCCGUGUCCAUCCUUCAGAACAGCUCCAAGAUGACCAUUGAGCCACCGCGGGGCAUCAAGGCCAACCUGCUGAAGACCUACCUGAGUUUAAGCAAUGACUUCCUUGACUCCUGCUUGAAGGCUGCAGAGUUUAAGUGUUUGUUGCUGUCCUUAUGUAUCUUCCACGGAAACGCUAUCGAGCGCAGGAAGUUCGGACCGCUGGGCUUUAACAUUCCUUACGAGUUCACCGAUGGAGACCUGCGCAUCUGCAUCAGCCAACUUAAAAUGUUCCUUGACGAGUACCAAGACAUUCCUUAUAAGGUACUGAAGUACACUGCUGGUGAGAUAAACUACGGUGGUCGGGUAACCGAUGACUGGGAUCGGCGCUGCAUCAUGAACGUGUUACAGGAUUUCUACUGUCCGGCUGUGCUGAACGCUGAGCAUGUCUACUCACCCUCUGGAGAGUACCGCCAGAUCAGUACCAGCCUGGACAUCAAGGGCUACCUGACGUACAUUCGGGGCCUGCCCAUUAAUGACUCACCAGAGAUUUUUGGCUUACAUGACAAUGCCAACAUCAGCUUUGCCCAGAAUGAGACUUUUGCCCUGCUGGGUGCUGUGCUCCAGCUGCAGCCUAGACUCACCUCCAGUGGGGGCAAAGCCCGAGAAGAGAUAGUGGAGGAGAUCGUAACAGGGAUUGUGGAGAAGAUUCCUAACCCUAUCAACAUUCAGGAAGUCAUUACCAAGUACCCAGUGAUGUAUGAGGAGUCUAUGAAUACUGUACUGAUUCAGGAAGCUAUCAGGUAUAAUAAGUUGUUAGGCGUGAUCUCUCAGAGUCUCAGUGAUCUGGUUAAGGCCCUAAAAGGUCUGGUGGUAAUGUCAUCCGAACUGGAGCUCAUGGCCAACAGUCUGUUCAUCAAUGCCGUUCCAGAAAUGUGGAAGGCCAAGGCAUACCCAUCUCUAAAGCCGCUGGCCUCCUGGGUAUCAGACCUUCUUCAGCGCAUCAGUUUCCUAAAUGGCUGGAUCUCUGACGGCAUCCCUGCCGUGUUCUGGAUCAGCGGCUUUUUCUUCCCACAGGCCUUUCUGACUGGCACACUGCAGAACUUUGCCCGUCGCUCUGCCCUCUCCAUUGAUAGCAUUAGCUUUGAAUUUAAGGUGAUGAAGGAGCCAGUGACAGAGUUGACAGAGCGCCCAGAGACUGGGUGCUUCAUCCACGGUUUGUUCCUGGAGGGGGCUCGCUGGGACACCCAGUCCGGCCUGCUCGCCGAGUCUCGGCCCAAAAAGCUCCACACUGAGAUGUCUGUCAUCUGGAUGGUACCCACACCUAACCGCAAACCGGCACAGUCUGGCAUCUACAUCUGCCCCAUAUACAAAACACUGACGCGCGCUGGAACUCUCUCCACCACCGGUCACUCCACCAACUAUGUGAUAGCAGUGGAGCUGCCCACAGAUCAAAGUCAGCGGCACUGGAUAAAGCGAGGAGUGGCACUAAUAUGUGCCCUGGAUUAUUGAACACACACAUAUUAUUUUUGUACCACAGUGUUUUAAUAUCUAAGCUCAUUAAACAUGUCAAACUCUUA